AUGAACAUCAAUAAUGUUCAACAACAGCAACAACAACAACAGCAGCAGCAGCAGCAAGGUGGCAAUGGGAAUGGUGCAAACUUCGGCAGGGCAACAUCUUGGCAAGGGAUGUAUACCGGCGAGGAGAGACAACGGGUUGUGCUGAUUAUUAUGAAUACUUUAUCGGACUUGCACGGUUCAAACCCUAGUUUUGAUUUUCAACGAUUGACCAAGAUGGCUCAGGACUUUGAAAAAAUUGUUUAUGAGAAAUCUCCAUCUCGAGAAGAGUAUUUGAAAGCUAUUAAGCUGAAGGUGAAUCAGCUCCGACUCCAAAAGCAACAAUUGGGAGGCGGUGUUGCCAGCGGUACCGGUGGGGGUAAUACUGGCGUUGGAAAUAUUGUUGGUGGAACUGCAGCGCAAAGUCUUCCCCAGCAACAACAACAACAGCAGCAGCAGCAGCAGGUUGUGCGUAAUAAUUUCAACAAUAACGGUAACGGUAAUGCCAACAUCAGUCAAAAUGCACAGUUUUUAAAUCUGCAGGCCCAAGUAAGUGCUCAAUCCCAAGCACAAAUUCAAGCACGUCAGCAACAACUUCGCCAAAUGGUCAACAAAAACCAACAGAACCAACAGAAUCCCCAGGGCCAACAGAAUGUGCUGAUGCAGCAAAACCAGAGACCGCCUCAACAACAUAUGCCUCAAACGCAACCACUCUCUCAGCAACAACCACAACCACAACAGCAACCACAACCACAACAACAGGUGCGUGCUGGAAGUGGCAAUGGCAAUACUGCCGGGACCCAACAAGUGCCACCACAGUUGCUUCAGCUUAUACGGAACUCACCUAUUCCUCCUCCAUUACUUAGCAAGAUCCCGAACUUACCCAAAGGCAUAACUACAUGGAAUCAAAUAUUUGACUGUAUCAGACGUAAAGUCAUUUCGCAGGAUGUAUUGCCCUUGAUUCGGGAUAUCCAUUCAACGCACAUGCAACUCGUGAUGCGCCAGCAACAACAAAAACAAAGUAUGACCAAUAAUCCGAAUGCCGUGACUGGAAGUGGAGGUGUUCCCGCAGCAGGAACCACGCAAAUUGGACCAAAUGCUGGUUCCGUAGAUGCAAAUUCAUUGCAACUUUCUGGCAAGCAAACCAAUAACGUAAACAAUGUGAACUUGGGUAAUUUGACGCCUCAACAACGCGAGCAAUUUCUCCAAGGACAGAGGGUCUCUCAAAACCAACAAACUUCGUCCACUAAUAUUCCACCAAGUAUGAUGAUAAAUGCGGGAUUGCAGCCACAACAGCAGCCACAAUCAGUUCAGCCCACUCCAACAAUGUCUUCUCAGAACUUUCAACAGCAAAAGCAACAGCAGUUCCAGCAACCUGUUCCUCAAGUACAGCAAACUCAACAGCUAUCACAACCGCAGCAGCAACAGCAGCAGCAGAUGCGCCAACAGCAAAUCUCUCAACAAGCACCACCACCACCACCAUCACAACAACAACAACAACAGCCGCAGCAACAGCAACAGCAGCAGCGACCACAAAGCGUACCACAGCCUCCACCGCAAGGUCAGGUUGGUCAAAAGCCUCCACAGUUUCAGAUUACUCCACAGGAUUUUGCAAAGUACUCGAAUGAUGCUUUAGCUGUUUUGAGUAGACUACAACAACAGAAGCAAAUAGAAGGACAAAUUGAUAGCAAUAUGAGAGAUACGUUUAUUCGGAAGUACAUUCUUCAUCAAAAGACCCAACUAUGGAAACAACACCAGGCUGCUCAGGGGAACACAGGUAUGCUUGGUACCAAUACGCAAUCUCAAGCACCAUUACAGCAACCUCAACAACCUCAACAACCUCAACCUCAACCACAGCCUCAACCACAGCUUCCGCCCCAACAGCAAGGACCACAACAGCAGCAAAAUAUAUCUGGUUUUCAAGCUACCGCCCGUCCUUCUGCUCAAUUUAAUCAAGGAAAUCCGGCAUCAAUGCAAAGCAAUGUGCCACAAUCUCUGCCUAUGAUGAAUAACAAUAACAACAACAUUGUUAAUUCCAACAAUAUGAAUCCCCAGUUGAAUAAUAACGCUGUCAUCAACCCUCAUUCCUCACCUGUGAUGCCUCAACACGCUAUGAAUCAAAACGUUGUUUCUGGUCCAGUUCCUAUUAACCAACAGGGAAAAUCAUUGAACGGAAGGGUCGGUCCAGGAGGCAAUAUUGGCGUUGCCGCACUAUUCCCUCCUUUAACGGAUGAGGCCAAGCUUCGAUUGAGACAGCUUAUAGAAGAAGUUUCUCGGAAUAAUGUACUUUUGAAGGAUGUUACUGGGCUUCUCUCCCAAAAAGACAAGACGAAUGUUCGCAAUGCGAUGAAUAGCAUACAAGAGCAGUUUGGUAAUGUUGAUUCCAUCAUAAGUUAUUUUUUCUUGCUUACAAAAAAUGCAGAGGGUACUAAGAGAUUGAUUCAAAUGAAGUAUAUGACCAAAAACAUACUUGAGAAUUUACACCGCGGCGUCUAUUUAGCUGCUCCAGAUUUAUUAGAAAAGCUUCGAAAUCAAUAUGCAAAAUAUUUUGAUUAUGUCAAGGAGCAGAUCAAUUUAAGACGUCAACAAGUUAGUGCCAAUGCAAAUGUUGGUGCAAGUGCUGUAGCUGAUAUGUCUCACCAAUUAACACCUUCUUUACAGCCUCCACCCGUUAGACAAGUUCCUCAACAACUACAACAACAACCACCGCCAUCAUCACAGCAACAACAACAACAACAACAACAACAACAUCAGCAGCAACAGCAACAGCAGCAGCAAGGUAAUAUUCUUACUACCGCUGCUAGACCAAGUCAGCCUUUCCCAAAUCAGAAUCCGCAAUCAUCACCGCAAAUGUUUACACCUUCGUUACCACCGGCAGGAUUACCACCGCAAAAUUGGGCUAAUGUACCAGGUGCUAAUCCACUCAUGGUGAACAUGCAACAACAUCCACCACCACAGUCCCAGCAGCAACCAAAUAUAGUGCCAAAUACCUCGAAUGUCCCUAUUUCCACGAUCCCACAAAAGGUGCCUGCGCCGCAAAGCAAGGCCAAGAAACCACCUCCAAAGAAGAAACGGACGAGUAGCGCUACAGCUGCUACACCUAAUGCGUUGGCCUCUUCGAUUAAAACUCCGCAUAACGUGAAUACACCCCAAAUUCAGACAUCAGGCCAAUCACCGCAGACAAAGACUACUCCUUUGGGAGGAUCUAAUGCUGCUUCAGGUACAGUACCAACACCAAAGGCUACAUCGAAUGGUUCUGGUACUACUGUUGGGCUUGGUGGUGGUGCGACGGAAGCUACUACUUAUGCAACAGCUCCUGAAAUGGACAUUUUUUCAUCGUCGAGUGAUCUGAUUCAAAGAAAGGAACUUUCUGUAACUGAUCCUGUACAGUUUUUUGCAGAGACAAUGAAGAAGUUGUUGAAUAUUGAGCAAAAUAGUGAUGCAAGUGACCCAGAUGAAACAGAGAAGUUCAAGGAAGAGAAUGAUUCAGCAGCAGUUCUUCUCGCCAUUACUUCAAGUUUCAAACAAGUGCGCGGUAUUGAUGAUAUGUGUGUGGACAGUAUCUUCUAG